AUGUCUCAUACAGCGGAGGACACAAAGGCAUUCGCACUCAUCUUGGCACGCGACGCGGAAUGCAAGAAAUGCUUUGAGUGUGGUUCGCCAAACCCACAGUGGUGUGAUGUGCAACACGGUGUUUUUAUUUGUCUUGAUUGUAGCGGCGUUCACCGAAGUCUCGGCGUCCAUCUCUCGUUUGUGCGAAGCUCCACCAUGGAUGGGUGGAUGAACUGGCGUCCGGAGAAGUUAAAGCAGAUGCAGCUCGGUGGUAACCGCCGUGCCCGAGAGUACUUUGAGCGCAACGGCGUUCCUAGCACACCCAUACGUGCCCGCUACGAGUCAUUGAGUGCCCUCCGCUAUGCCGCCAUGUUGGAGGCCGAGGCGCUUGGCAAGCCGUUCAACGAACAGACCUGGACACCGCCAGAGUGGUAUGACCGGCUUAAGCAGAGUGGCCCGACGGACGGCGGCGCCGUCCUGCAGCAGGCCCCACAGCAGCACCGCCCCAUCACUGGCAUGGGCUCUGAUGGAAGGCAAUGGAAUAACAGUGGCACCGGUGGCGGCGAGGUCGGGGACUGGUACAACUCACUUGCCAGUGGGUGGGCAUCACUGUCAAAGAAGACAACGGAGCUCGCGGGUACGGCAACCUCACAGGCGCGCACGCUUGUCCAGGAUGCGAACGUGGAAGACGUCAAGUCAAAGUUGNAACGGAGCUCGCGGGUACGGCAACCUCACAGGCGCGCACGCUUGUCCAGGAUGCGAACGUGGAAGACGUCAAGUCAAAGUUGGCCUCUGGCUGGUUCACAGUCUCGGGCUAUGCGAAUCAGCUGUCAUCGAAGAUUGCAACUAUAG